GUAAAAAUUAUAAGGAUGAGAAAUCUUUGUAAAGCAGACCUGUUGAGCCUAACUGACUGUUACGUGAAGCUGUGGCUGCCAACAGCUUCGUGUCGGGAAGCCCGGACAAGAACUGUACGGAACUGCAGAAACCCUGUCUGGAACGAGACCUUCCGCUUCAUGAUACAAAGUGAAGUGAAGAACAUUCUGGAGCUGACAGUCUGUGAUGAGGAUACUUUCACACCAGAUGACCGGCUUUUGACUGUUCGCUUUGAUGUAGCCAAAAUACAACCUGGAGAAAAAGUUCACUUGAAUUUUGAUUUGAAUUCAGAGUCUCGUGAAGUUUCCUGUUUGGAAGUACAGGCGGAUGAAACAGAAAUGGAGAGUCCUUACAGAAGGAGAGAUUUCACAUUCACAAUUGAAGGAUCCUAUGAAGAAGCCCAGGAUGUUUCCAUAGGUCCUUGCUGCAGCCAGGGAGGCAGCAAAACCACCAUGUUCCACUAUGUCAAACACAGUCAACCCAGACUGCACAUGAGGCUGCCAAAGGAAUGCUUCUUCUGUGGGCAUGGCUCAGCUAGGAGAGAAACGGCUGUGCCUCUGCAUUCUCUGGACUUGGGAAAGAAAGUGACAGUGAUGACAGGUGAAUCAUAUGAGGUCUCUGUGAAGGAAAAAGAUGGCUGCAAGAAUUUAGAUUUGCGGCUGGGAUUUGAUCUAUGUGCAGAGGAGCAGGAUUUCAUCUGUAAAAGGAAGAAGGUGGUUGCUGCUGCUCUGAAAAAUAUUCUUCAGCUAGAUGAAGACCUGCAUGAGGAUGAGGUGCCAGUGGUGGCAGUCGUGACCACAGCAGGGGGAGUGCGGUCCAUGUCAGCUAUGUUUGGUGGCCUUCUGGCUCUCCAGGACUUAGGUGUUUUGGACUGUGUCUCAUACAUCAGUGGUUUAUCUGCCACAACAUGGACCAUGGCAAAGUUAUAUGAAGAUAUGAAUUGGUCACAGAAGGAUCUCAGAGAGCCGAUUAGUGGUAUCAGGAAACAUGUGAUCAAGAGCAAGCUGCAUUGUUUCUCCCCAGAUCAUAUGAAAUACUAUGAAAAGGAACUUUGUGAAAGAAAGGAAGAGGGGCACAAGCUGUCCUUUACAGAUUUAUGGGGACUCUUCAUUGAUUGUAUGAUACAUCAUCAGAGAAGUACUCACAAACUGUCUGAUCAGCAACUGGCAGUAAAUCAGGGGCAGAAUCCGCUGCCCAUAUACCUGUCCCUCAAUGUCAGGGAUGACUUCAGCACUCUGGACUUCAAAGAGUGGGUGGAGUUCACACCUUACGAGGUGGGUUUCCUGAAAUAUGGGGCCUUUGUUCGUUCAGAGGAUUUUGGUAGUGAAUUCUUCAUGGGUCACCUGAUGAAGAAGAUCCCAGAGUCUCGCAUCUGCUUCUUGGAAGGCACAUGGAGUAACAUAUUUUCACACAACUUCAUGGAUGCUGUCUACCUCUCAGGUCAUUCUGAAAACUUCUGGCACAGAUGGACCCGAGACACUGAGCAUGACAUUGAGGAAGACCCUGCUCUGCCAAAGAAACCUCAUGAACAGAAUACUUGCUUAUCCAUUCCCAAAGGUUGCCUUUCCAAUACUCUUCGAGAAAUGAUGACUGGACGGCCAGUGGUUUCAACUUACCAUAAUUUUCUCAAGGGCUUGCAACUGCAUAACAAGUAUUUAGAGAAUGAGGGCUUUUCUAUGUGGAAAGACACAGUGCUUGAUUCUUCUCCCAACCAGCUAAAUGAAAUGGGUGACUACCUCAAGCUGGUAGAUACAGCUUUCUUCAUCAAUACCAGCUGCCCACCCAUUCUGAGGCCAGAGAGAAAAGUGGAUGUCAUUUUGCAUUUAAAUUACAGCGGUGGCUCACAAACUCUGCCACUGGACCUCUUCUCAGAGUACUGUUUGGAGCGUGGGAUCCCAUUUCCCAGCACGGAGCUGUGCCAGGAAGACCGGGAACACCUGAGGGAAUGCUAUGUGUUUGAGAAUAGCUUAGAGGCACCAGUCUUAGUCUAUUUUCCACUAGUGUGUGAUACCUUCCAAAAAUUCAAGGCACCAAAUGUGGAGCGCAGUCCCACGGAGAUGGAGCAGGGAAGAGUAGAUGUGUCUAACUGUGUUGCUCCCUAUGGCACUGGUCUGCUUACAUAUACUGAAGAGAAUUUCAACAAGUUGCUGAACCUGUGCAGCUACAACAUCCUGAACAAUAAACAUUUAAUUCUUCAGGCUUUGCGAACUGCAGUGGAACGGAAGAAGCGAUUUAAAAACUGUUUGUCACCUCAGUCAUCUAAACCCUUUUAA